AGCGUAGGGCCUAAGCCAGAAUCGAACCGCCGUUGGGUUGACUCUUCGGUACGGUGGUGGCUCUGUCCGACUGGCGACCGACCGACCGUCCGUCCGUCAUAUUCCCGGUUUGAAAGCAAGGUUGCGACUAGUCGCUGCGACGCAGGAAGGUGCAGUGAUCGGUGUUAGGAGUCUUAAACGGAUCUGGAGGCCAUGGAGAAGCGGAUAGACCUUGAGAAGCGGGGAAGGAGCCCCGGCGAAAUCACAGAAUUUGUGCUGGAUAAUUGUCGGAGUACGAAUAUCGUUGGUUUGACAGAUGAAUUUGUUGCUCUAGAGACGCUGAGUCUUAUCAACGUGGGCCUUACCAGCCUGAAAGGUUUUCCAAAAUUACCAAACCUUAAAAAGUUGGAACUGAGCGACAAUCGAAUUUCGGGUGGAUUGAACAUACUCCACACGAGCCCUAAAUUAACUCAUCUGAACCUCAGUGGAAACAAAAUAAAAGACCUUGACACGCUACAGCCAUUGGAGCAAUUCAAGAACUUGAAGAGUUUGGACCUUUUCAACAAUGAAGCGACGAGUAUUGAUAAUUACAGAGAGAAAGUAUUCAGCCUUAUUCCUAGUCUACGGUAUCUUGAUGGAUAUGAUAUAGAUGAUUGCGAGGUAGAUGACAGCGAAGACGAUGAAGUCAAUGGAAAUGAUGAUGUUGAUGGUGAUGCUAAUGAAGACGACAGUGAAGAGGCAUCGGAUGAAGAUGACGACGACGACGAAGCAGAUGACUGUGGCGUUUGCUUAGAAACUGUAUACAAAGAAGAUCUUGAGGAUGACAGUUGCGAGGAAGAUUAUUUGGGCGAGGAGGAGGAGGAGGACGAUGAUGACGUUAAUGAUGAUGAUGAACAAGAAGAAGAAGAAGAAACGUCUCCUACCCGAGGUAAGAAGAGAAAACACGAGGACGGCGGUGAUUCGGGGAACUAAAACCUUAAAGGAAGGUUUUUUUGCUGCUGUUGAAUGAGUGUAAAAUUCGUAUAAAUAAUAACAACAAUUGCGCCGCCAAGUGAACAGCUGGGAAUCAAACUAAUUGACCGACCAAUGACAGACUACAGUUAGUGGUGUGAAUUUAUCAGUAAAUCAUUGACUGCGAAAUUGUCUGUGGAAUGACAAACAAUUAAGUAUACAAGGAAGAGAGAUGUGAAUGAAACAGCGGAAAGGAUUAAGAUGGCAUAAAUAGGGCCGCAUUCCAGCUAGACCCAACACGUUUUAGUUAUACUAACGAUAUUUUAUAUAGAGUAUAUAGUUAGAGAAUUAGAGGUGUUGCAUAGUGGGCAAAGGGUUUGGAUAUUAGAAGAUUGAUGGUGACAAGUAUGAUGCUGAUGAUUAUGACGACAAUGACAGUGAUGACAAGGACAGUGACAGUGACGAUAUGACGAUGACUAUGAUAAUGAGGAUUCAGAAGGAGAUAGCGGGGUUUUACACUCGAAGGAGCGUAUUUGUCUGUUAGCUCCAGUCGGCCAAAGGCUGGUCAUGCUGGAAUGCAGCCGUCGUUAAUCAGUACUAAGGUUACAUAAGUUACAUUUUAAAUACAUUAUUAUUGUACCAGUAAUAAGUAUAGAGUAAACGAGGAACAACUUUUGUACAGGUUUACACCAUACAUUGAGGUGCACUAUGCCACUGUGAUUUUUGGGACAGAAAAUAAAGAAACGAAGACAUUACGAAUCUUUUCACGUCUGUUGAUCUGUUUGAAAUCCACAAUGUAAUGUCUGGUUCGACUGAGACGGGCAUAAAUUGUCUGUGUCUCCUGACAAAUUUAAAAACAACAAAUUCCUGAAAUAAACAAUAACGUACCGCAACAAUAAUAAUUGACGGAGGGAUUGACACAAGUCAUUUGGUCUGACUUCCUUUUUACUCAUCAUUACUGAAUUAAAAAAUUUAUAUAUUUCAAUGUAAACAUGUUUUUUCAGAACUUGUGAAAAUUUCAAGAGGUAUAUUUAUGUAAUUGAAUAAUUUGUGCAUUUAUAUGUUGCGAAUAAUUCGGUGCGAACUUAAUAGCGAAAAACAAACAUCAGUUUUGCAUUCAACGUCGACUCUGAUUAUUUAAUACAAACGUGUUUGUACAUAAAGAAAAUUUCAUAGUUCAACGGCGUUAAAUUUUCGUAACUGUCGAGUCAUUUAAAAUGUAACUAUAUUUUGAUAUUAUUGCGAUUAGCUGUUAGCGGUUAAUCGUUUAUUUCACCCUGAAGAUUAGUUUAAAAAGAAACCUGUAAUACGACUUAAUUGUAGAAAAUAGGAAGAAAUAUAUUAAAGUCCAAUAACACAAGUUUUCUUAGCUAAGAGUAUCAUGAAAUCAAAACAUAACAUCAAAAUCGCACACCAGGCAAAAAGUUUCGAUUAGUUUCUGUCUCCGAAAUUGCCAAUGCGCUGACAACAUCUUGCGAUGUAUAACGCGUGAAGAUAAUGAAUAAUGAUCAUUAUUAUUAUAUUAUUAUUAUUAUAUACUAUUAUCGAUCAAUUUCGAAAUUGCGAUUACUAUGAUUUAAAGAACAACAACAACCAAUAUUCGCACGUUUAAGUAAUACUUGAAGUCCGGAAUGUCUGGUAGUGAGAAGGAAGAUGACAAAAGGAUACGAAAUAGAUUAGAUUUGGACGAACUGAAGAAUUUUCUUGAAAACAAAGAAAAACAGUGGACGAGAAUAAGUGGCAGAAAGACAGAAGAUAACAAACGAUGCAACAAACAAGAGAAAUGGCGGCACUGUGACGGUUGACAGACAGACUGACACGACAUUACGAAAGAAAAUAAGUGAAGCAACACAGAAGUUAAAGGAAGAGAGGAAGGAUUGGAUUUUAUAAACGAAAAAAUUGUCAAGAAAAUAAAAAAAACUGUAGAGACGAAGGACCUGGCACAGCCUUGCCGCCAGAUUGGUUAUGGCCUUAUCCAAUUUUUCCAAGAUUUUAAAAGCAAAUUUAUAUUAGGUACAAUGAGUGAACUACGUGUACAGAUUGAAAUCUGUAAAUUUCCGAUCUGUAAUUUGUAAUUGCGGCUCGCGCGGAAGGGAUCGUAUUGAAAAAAAAAAGUAAAUUAUAAGUAGUAAUUACAAUUCCGCGCGCCCCGCGACA